AUGUGUUGUAACUAUGCGAAAUCCUGUGGUUAUGGCUGCGGAUGCAGCUAUGGCUAUGGAUGUGGCCCCUAUUCUGGCUGUGGUUAUGGAACUGGCUAUGGCUGUGGCUAUGGUUCCCGUUGUGGCUGUGGCUAUGGCUCAGGUUGCGGCUGUGGCUAUGGCUCAGGAUGUGGCUGUGGCUAUGGCUCAGGAUGUGGCUGGGGCUGUGGCUAUGGCUCAGGAUGGGGCUAUGAAAAAGGCUCCUGCUGUGGCUGUGGAUAUGGCUCUGGCUCUGGCUGCUGUGGCUACCGGCCAUUUUGCUACAGAAAAUGUUAUUCUUCUUGCUGCUAG